AUGAAUCCAAAUAUGAUUACGAGACAUGCUAGGGCGUUCCCUUUAAGCGACGUGUUUUGUCUGCCUUCGGGUGCUUUGAAAAAUGAGCAAGGGGCGCCACACUGGCGUCCGGGUGUGGUGAUAAGUGAGCAAGGGUUCUCGCGCGUGCCUGGACGAGCGCGGGUAAAGAAGCAGCUAGCCCAAGACUAUAGGAUUCGUUCAGCAACUUGGAAUAUAGGGACAUUAACGGAUAAGACUAAGAAGCUAGUUGACACCAUACUUAUGAAGAUGAUUAGUAUAGCUUGCCUUCAGGAGACUAAGUGGGUAGGGGAGAAAGCUAGGGAGAUAGAGUACACAGGUUAUAAGCUUUAUUAUACGGGCUUGGAUGAUCUUAUUAAAGAGCAAUUCUGGGAGCAAAUGGAUGAUGUGGUUCAAGGGAUACCUUUUGGGGAGAAGUUAUUUAUAGGAGGCGAUUUCAAUGGUCAUGUGAGAGUGCAUAAGCAAGGGUAUGAGAAGGUACAUGGUGGCUUUGGAUUUGGUGACCUUAACGAAGGUGGUAGGAGGAUUUUAGAUUUUGCGGCAGCUUUUGACCUUAUAGUUGGAAAUACUCUCUAUAGGAAGUGA